CAGGAUAGCUGUGGAUUGAUAUCACAGCAACCAAAAUGCAUAUCACCAGGUAUCUCCUGCUGGCCAUGCUGACAUUAGGAUCAUUAACUGUGUGGUCCUCGGGCCCUCUUCAUGCACAGUGCAAAGUGGAAUGGUACUUUGGACUCUCCUGCAGUCAUGUGUAUGAAGCCUUAGUCACACAGAUUAAAAAGUGGAGGACAAUGGAUGGUUGUAUUAUGGGUGGAGAAAAAUGCCUAUACAAGCUUCAGUCAGCCAACGUCCACUUCAUUGCAGCAAAGCACAUGGCACCAUGGAAGAAAUUUGUGGAAGAUCUAAACUUCAGACUGGUUCCUUAUCAUUUCUUCACGAAUUGCCAUGUAUCAGCUAUGUCAGUCUCAGAAACCUGGUACGCUGUAACAGACCAUGGCACUAAUUACUGCAACCUCUACAACUUAAUAGAAGGGAGUGGACUAACUGGGGCUCCAGGCUAUAAAGAAAUCACCAGUGAAUUCUUGUGCACACAGCGAUCCUCUGCCAACUGCACUGUUUACUGAUCCUGGCUUCCUUUUAAGCUCAAUAUUAGCUUCAGGUGACAGUCCAACACCAUUAGCAAUAGACAUAUACAUAAAAGAUUUAAACAUACUGUGAAAUAUAAUAAUGCUAUAUGUUUUUUAAUGAACAUUUUGAGUAUUUUUAGAAUUGGCCUCUUUCUCUCUGUUCUGUCUCUUUUUUUUUUCUUGCCCAGAAUUAAAUUCAAGAGGAUAUUUUAGCAGCUUUCCUUUGCACAAAAGAAAUUGUAGGGGCAAAUAUAGCUCUCAGUGCUGCUGAGGUGAGGCACUGUAUCCAGAGAAACAUUGUUCUUUUUGACGCAUAGGGCAGUUUUUCUCUGAAAGGUAGCAACGUAUUCUAGCUCCACUCACAGCCAUGUGGAUUGAAGGGCAGCUUUUAUUAGGACAGCAAUAUAGUCAGCCCAACUCAGCCAUCCAUCAUACAGAAUAAAGCACGCCUCAAAUCGACACUGUUGGUCUGCUGCUUCACUGUCUCUCCUGAAUAUUACUACUGAUGUGGCCUGCACUGGCCUGAAGAGGGCAAUGUCUGCAAAUACUCCAGCCCAUAGUUUAUUUGAUUGUAGCACAAACUGCGUAGGGUUUUUUUUUUUUUCAUAAUUUUUAUGAUUAAAGCUACAGCCUUUUAUUAACUCUUCAAAAUGUCUUAGAAACACCUGAAAGUAUUUGUAACCUUUUCUAAAAGUAAUGUCAAUGCUGAUGUGUAAUAAUCACAGUUAGUAACUUUAUUCCAUAUUCUGAAACGUGAUUAUACUGAAAUCUUCUAUAUUGCAACGUGUGUCUUGAACAGAUGUAUAAGCAAUGACACAGAUAUAGAGGCUAGAGACAAAAAAAAUGUGCAAAGGUUUUCCUUUAAGCAUACAAAAAUUUCCUCUCCCAUACCAGGCCUUUAUAUUUGUAACCUUUAACCAUUUUAUAAGGAUAACUGAAGAUGAAGAUGAUAUAUGUUAUGUAUACAGUUAAAAUGUUAUAAAAUGUGUUUCCCUUUUUACAAAAUUACA